AUGAAUGAAAAACAUCUACCUGGUAUCUUAUAUAAAUAUCGGUGCGAAAGAAGGUUAAGUCGAGAACGUUGCAAUGCCAAGAGACGGCAGCAGAAGUAUCGUCGCUCCUUACGUGUAACAUUCAAACCAAUAAAUGAACCAUAUUCCCAACUGUUGAAUACACCUACUCGAACAAAUCAUAAUGUCAUUUUAAAUUAUGUGCAAGAAGAUUAUGUUGAUGAUGAACAACAACAAAAUAUUAUUGCGGACGCAGAUGAAAUUUGUAAUCAGGCUUUUAUUGCUGACGAAGAUCUCGACAGUUGCAAUAUUCAUUAUGAAGAUUAUUCGUGUAAAACUAUUUGUUCUACUGUCAGUGUGAACAAUGUAAGUGAAGUAACACUAUCUGAUGAUUUGGAAGAAAAUGAAGAAGUUAAUAAAUUGUCAAAAUUAUAUCGAUUUCCAAAUAAUCUUAUAUAUAAAUUAGCAAUGUUUAUACGAGCAGCAAAUAUGAAUAAAAAAAAAUACCAAUCGACUUUUAAAUAUUAUGCGAGAAUUUUCCAACAUGUAAGUUAUUCUAUUAACUCUUAA